AUGUCCACUGCUGAUCACGUUUGCUGGGUGCCCUCUACAGAGGCUGACCAGCUCACCGAGGCUCUUUGGCACGAGGCUGGGACACUUGAGCGACUCAAGGCCACAAAUAAUGAGAUUAUGCUGCCCAACAAUGUUGUCACCAAGAUUGGCCGAGCCAAUGUGACAAAGCUCGCAAACCGGCUCUCGGUCCUCACCGGUCGAGCUAUUCGGAUUGCCACUGAUACCACAAUCCAAGCUCUGCGACUCAUGCCCCUUUCUGACUCAAACUCAACUGCAGAGACCUUGAAUUGGGACAAAUUGAACCACAUAGCCCAGCAGGUCAAAGAGGCUGUUUCGGUUGGCCAAGUUGAGGGUCCAGGACAGUCUGAAAAAAUCCCCCGACCCAUGAAUUCCUGGAUACUUUACCGACAGCAUCAUCACCACGCUGUCAGUGAAGCGAAUCCAAGCUUGCCGAACACCGAGAUAUCCAAGAUAAUUGCGGCACAGUGGCGAGACGAACCUGCUGCGACGCGUCUCGAAUGGCAGGAGCUUUCUGAACAGAUGAAGGCCGACCACGCGCGAGCUCACCCAGACUACCAGUACUCACCUCGUCGACCGGGAGAAAAAAGAACUCGUCGUUCUCGUCGCAUUCGCGUCAGAACCGACAGUGUUGAAGAUCUCAUGAUUGAGACUCCGCGCGGCGAACAACGUCUCCGAGAUUCGAUUCUGGGAGAUGGUCCGAAUCCCUGGGACUGCAAUGGGUUUGUUGAUAUCGAUGAAGAGUUCAUGACGAUCCUUGGCGACCACAAUCUCCUCACCGGCAUGAACGGUAUCUUUUCGAUGCCGGACCAACCCUUUAGCAACGACGAGUUCGCCGCUAUCGUUGAUGCUCAAGCUAAUGGGGGGCCACUUCAGAAACUUCGAUGGACAUCUCUCAAAGGUGAUGAGUUCGGGUCGGAAUUUACCGAGGCAGAGAUGGAAAACUCCUUCGCACCCACCUAA